CGCGAGCUCCACCACAUCCAUCCGCGCGUUACAUUGCAGGAGGAAUAGCUACAAACCUAGCUGAUGUAGCUAGCUAACGCGAUGGAUUUCAAUGUCAAGAAACUAGCGUCAGACGCCGGCGUCUUCUUCACCCGUGCUGUUCAGUUCACGGAGGAGAAGUUGGGCCAGGCAGAGAAGACUGAACUGGACGCCCACCUUGAGAAUCUAAUUGCCAGAGGAGACUGCACCAAAAAUUGGACUGAGAAGAUCUUCAGGCAGACCGAAGUAUUGCUGCAGCCUAACCCCAUUGACCACACUGGUGCCCGCAUUGAGGAAUUCUUCUAUGAGAAAUUGGACAGAAAGAUCCCAACCAGAACCACCAAUGGAGAGCUGCUGGGACAGUACAUGCAGGAUGCUGCCAAAGACUUUGGACCAGGAACUCCUUAUGGCAGUACACUGAUCACGGUAGGCGAGUAUCAGAAGAAGCUUGGCGGUGCAGAGAGAGAGUUCUUACAAGCAUCGGCUGUCAGUUUUCUCACUCCUCUCCGGAACUUUCUAGAGGGCGACUGGAGAACUAUCUCGAAAGAGAGAAGGCUACUGGAGAACCGGCGCCUUGACCUAGACGUCUGCAAAGCACGGCUGAAGAAAGCCAAGCUAGCUGAGGCCAAGGCUGCUUGUGAGGGAGAUGCUGCACCUGAUUUUCAGGAGACUAGGCCACGCAAUUAUAUUCUGUCUGCCAGUGCGUCUGCGCUGUGGAGUGAAGAGGUGGACAAAGCCGAGCAGGAACUGCGAGUGGCUCAGACAGAGUUUGACAGACAGGCGGAGGUGACUCGUCUCCUUCUAGAAGGCAUCAGCAGUACACACGUGAAUCAUUUGCGUUGCCUGCAUGAAUUUGUGGAAGCUCAGGCUGCCUACUAUGCUCAGUGUCACAAGCACAUGCAGGAGCUGCAGAAGGAGCUCAGCAGUGCAAAUGGAGAUACGUUCCCCAAUGCCUUCGCUGUUAGCGCUUCCACAUCAGGGAUUUCAGCAGGUCCCUCUCCUCUCUCCGGAGGUUCAGCUCCUGGCUGUCCCGCAGCCUCCUCCGGCCCUCUAGACCCUGCCCCGCUGAAAAUUGAGGAGGUGAAGCCUCCAGCCACAGGCACACGCAAGGCCAAAGUGCUGUAUGACUAUGAUGCUGCAGACACAAGCGAACUGUCAUUGCUUGCUGAUGAGCUUAUCACAGUAUACACAGUUCCAGGCAUGGACCCAGACUGGCUUAUUGGGGAGAGAGGGAAUCAGAAAGGCAAAGUGCCGGUGACGUACCUGGAGCUGCUGAGCUAAACAUGCUCACACACACGUAAACACACAAACAGAUACUUAAACAGAUGCACACAGAGAGAUGCACACAUGUGCAAUUUAUGUUUGUGACCUUAAGUUUGUGUGAUGACUGAUAUUACAGGAUGGUAAUGGAAACUUUGCAUGAGCAAGUAUUCAAACAGAUGUAAACACUCUGGGACUUCAUGAAGUUGUUUUGUAUUGUUGUUUGAUUGUUUUUAAGUUUAAACUAUUCAUUCACUCCCUUAACUCAAAGGACUUGACUAUACUCAAAAGUGUCUUGCUAGGAGUCUCACAGUAGUGCGUUAAGAGAUCUGACAUCUGCCAAUGCGCUACAAUGACGACUGGUUACAUUUUGCUUGGUUCUAAGAUGAUUUCAGUCUGUUUUGUUAAAAGUAACUACAACUGUUUUGUUAUUAUAUGGAAUACCACUAUCGCUGAAGCAUUUCAUAGGCAAGCUUGCCCAAUGGAUAUUAUUAUGAGUGUGUUCUGAGUUAACAGGAAAAAACUUCAUUGUUCCUUCAAAUACAAGCUUGUGUCUUUGUGCGUCUUUUGACGUAUUCACUUGUAUGAUUGGCAGCGUGGCUUUGAUUAUUGAAAAGAAUGAGACUUUCUGAUGGUGCACCGUUAUGAAAAAGAACUUUUGUAAUACUGCAGGACUUUUCCUAUAGUAGAUCCGGUGACGUUUUACUGAAAGACAGCUUAAGGCCACGUUACGCCUUUCAUGAAAACAAAGAAAGAAAAAGAGACAGCUGAUAAAGGAAAAAAAGAAAAAGAAAAAAAGGGAAGGAGAAGCAUGCCGUCGAGUAAUCUGUGCUGAAUGCUCACGUUUUGAUAAAGAAUGUACAUUUGUAAUUGGACCUCAGGAUCAACUGACAUAAGCCUUCCUAAAUAUCUAUAUAGGUUUAUUUCAGCAAGCGCCAGUGUCACAAAAGCUGCUUUUGUCUAUUUUGACGUCAUUUCACCUCAGUAAGUGUUAUGACAACUGACACUUGUUGCCAUAAACCUAUAUAGAUGUUUAUAAAGGUUUAUGUCAUUUGUCAUAAAGGCUUAGGUAGGUCUCAUGCAGCCUAAUGUAGCCUCGUAUAGUCUCACGAGCCUAAUUGACCUUCAGAAAAGUGUUUCUGUAAAUUCUUCUUAUUUUAGACAGUUACUAUAUAACACUACAAGCCUAUAUCUAUCAUCUAUCAAUGGCACACACUCGCACAUCGUGUGAUGUGAUGUUAGCUGUGUAGGUCUUCCUGUGGGGCAGCAGAGUGUUUGAGAGGUUUCAGUAUGAUUUCAUACUUUAGACACUCAUCUUUAGUGAAGUGCUUCUUUUAAAAACAGCUUAUUUUAAGGCUUAGUAGUUUUUUAAGGAGAAUAAUUGGAUCGUAUCAGCUGAUACUUAACAUUUCAGAAUCAGUAUCAGAAAGGAAAAAGUGGUGUUGUGCCAUCUCUAAGGGAUGCUGAAUGAGUAUUACAAAUUAAUAGACGAUAGUACAGACAGACAGAUGUAUUAACCAGAGGCAAAAAUACUAUGCAUUAUUAUGAAAGUAUUAUACAGUGCUGUAGAAAACAUCUUUGCAAGUGAAAACCUCUUAAUUCUUGUCAAUAUCAAAUAUUUCUCAUGAUGAGGUUGUUGAAAAAAAUGUUAUAAAAUUUCUAAAUGUUUUUUAUUUAAGUAAUUUUAUCUAGAGAAAGUGUCUUAUUCUGUUGGUGGAUAAUUUGAAAGAAUCAGAAAUAUCUGCACAUAGAAUGCUGAAUUUAAGUAAAAAAUGGCUGUGGUUAUAAGUUAAAUAAUCUCAUAACAAGAAAAUGUAUACAUCAUUGACUGGAUCUAAGAUGAUUUCACUUGCCAAGAUAUUUUUUUCACUGCAGAUCUUUUUCGUAAGGGUAGAGAGGCAAACCGAGAAAGUUUAGAAAGUAUUAAAAACUGAAGUUACAGAGUCAAAUUUCCACAUUAAAGACAGUUCAUACCUGACGACAGUCAAGUCGCACUAAAUUAAAGAAUCCUGGUGAUAAUGAAAUCUGUGAGACUGAGAAUAAUGAUGGUUAUAGUAACUUGUAUAAUGUUUAAAUGCCUAAAUGUUCCCUGUUUGAUGUGUUAUUUGAACAAGCCAUAAAACGAUCUGGAUGUAUCAGGUAUCUCAGUGUACUUCCAUCUCUUUACAGUGACUCCUACAGUUUUUAAACAAGGUUUUUCUGUUCUUCUGCAGGAAGAAGCUCUUUAAAAGAGUAAAUAGUUUAUUCACAUCAGAUGCUGUUGUAAUUGAGUUAGCGAUGUUUGUGUGUGUUUGUGUGUUUUUCUUUUUAUCAUUGCUUGAAUCUGAAAUAUGUUUAAUGGUGUCAGGAAGAACUGGUGUAGGCCCUGGCUCCAGUGGAUUCAGAGUGGAUGUAACAGGAAAUGCAAUAGUGUAGUUUAUGAAUCUGAGGUUUGUAAACAAUUCCUAAAAUGGGUCCAGUUAAGUGUAAUUUGACUGUUCCGUUUUUGCUCUCUGGUUACAUCACCAUAAACACCUCUCCUGCUUUAGCCUUUCUUUUUCAUUCCUCAUCUGUGUAAUCGAUGUUUGUUUAAAUAAAAAAGCAAUGUGUAUUGAUUGAAUGAAAGUUGAACAUAAUAAUAAAGAUAGCUUU